UUUAAACGAAUUAAUAUAAAUAAUUAUUUCUGAGUAGUGAUUACAAUCAGGGAAUACAUUUAAUUAAUAUACAAGCUCUACAAAGUCCAGAUUUUUUUAGUCGAUCUUCAAAUUUAGAAAAAUGAAAAUCAUUCUGAACAAAAUGAGAAAUUGGUUAUGGAUUUUAACAAUAUUUCUUACAAGUGCGAAAGUCUUAAGUACCGAUAUUAACGAAGAAUUGCUUAAUGAAUGUCACGAUUGUUGCCUUUUGCCAAAAAAUUUUCAAUAUGGAAAAUAUUUUCCUCGAUUCCCACCAAACAUUGAAGUAGUUCCUGAAGAAACAAUUUUGAAAUUUCGAUGUAAAAGCAAGUUUGAAUUAAAAGGAAAAGAAAAGAGCAUUUGCAUACUUGGCAAUUGGGUUCCUCCAUUGCCAGAAUGUAUUGUUAAAUCCUGUCACUCUCCACCCAUUGUUGAACACGCAGAAGCUCUUAUACCAUUGAAUACGAGAUAUUUUACAAUCGGAACCCGAAUAAAUUAUCAAUGUGACAUCGGAUAUGAAAUGAACGGAGAUGAAUUAAUUUGCAUUAAAAACGGUUCUGAUUUGAUUUGGGAUGGAGAAGUACCGAGUUGUACAGUCAUACCAAAAUGUGAACAUCCCGGCGUUUCUUCUGAUGGAUAUUAUUAUGGAGAAUGUUGUAAUAAAGGGAGUGUUAUUGAUUACGAAUGCAAACCCGGUUUUAGUCUUAUAGGAGAGAAAACAAUUGAAUGUUUGUCUGAAGUCUGGAGCAACGAACGACCGCUUUGCCAACCCGAAGUAUUUUGCCCAGUUCCCGAAGAAAUUCCGCAUGGAAAAAUUGUUGGAGAGAAAUCGGGAGACUUUUAUCAAAUCGACGAUCAGAUAACUAUUGAAUGCGAAGAAGGAUAUAGAAUCAGUAACGGAAGCGAUAUUUUGUUCUGUGAAGACGGAAAUUGGGAUGACGAAUUUCCUAUUUGUAUAGAAAUCGAAUGCGAUCUUCCAAACAUACCAGAAAAUGGAUUUAUUCACCAAACAAAUGAAACUGUUUUCCUGUACGAAUUCGAAGUGAGUUUUGGUUGUAAAGAAGGAUAUUUGCUAAUUGGAAAUAGCUGGACUUCCUGCGGCGAAAACGGUUGGACCAAUCAAUCUCCCACAUGUCGAAAGAUACAAUGUCCCGAUCCUUUAUCACCCGAAGGUGGGUGGAAGACGGGAGAUUCUUACAACAUAGGAGAUGUAAUAGAAUUUGGAUGCAAUUCUGGAUAUCAAUUACUUGGUUCUGCCAGGAGAGAAUGUAUGCCUAAUGGAAAAUGGAGUGGAGAACUAGCUAGAUGUGAUUCUAAAGAAAAUGACUGUCCUAAUCCCGGUACUCCCAUAAAUGGAAUGAAAAUUGGUAAAGGUUACUACAAAGUUGGAGACGUGGUAGAAUUUGAAUGCCAAUCUGGCAAACAAUUAAUCGGUUCCAAAAGAAGGAUAUGCCAAAACAACGGAGAAUGGUCCGGAUCCGAUGUUACGUGCUUAGAUGAGAACGAUUUCGACCAGAAAGAAUCUAUUAGUGUCCGUUUGGAAGAAUUAAUAUUUGUCGAAAAAAAGGAACAAGAAACUCGUUUGAAAAAAUACGAAGAAGAAAUUUUGGCACAAAAUGGCAAUGAUUCUGAUGCACUUUCUCGAGCUAUUAAUUUUAAUCAUCCUCAUCGUUUGAUAUUUUAUUUUAUUUUCGACAUGUCUGGAAGUAUUGGCAGCGAAAACUUUCAAAUAAGCAUUAAUUUUGCUAAAUUAUUAAUCGAAAAAAUUGGAGUUAGUAAAGAUGGAAGUAGAGUGGGAGUAAUGACUUUCAGUGAUACAGCUGAUAUUGUAUUCUACCCAAUGGUUUAUUCGACUACUGAAGAAGUAAUUCAGGCAUUAGACGAAAUAAAAUUUUCAAAAGGAAGAGGAACCGCUACUAGAUUGGCUCUUCAUCUCUUACAUGAACAAAUGAUUCCUUUGACAGAAGCAAGUUUAGGAGGAGAACAAAAGCCAAUAGCAUUUUUAAUGACAGAUGGUAAGGCUAAUAUGGAGGGAGACCCAAUGAAAGAUGCCGAAAGUUUGAAAAACAGUGGCGUGGAAUUAUAUUGUAUUGCGAUAACUGGAGAUAGAAAUAUGAAGACAUUGUAUGAUAUAGCUUCUACUAGAGAAGAACAUAUCUUUAUCUUAGAUUCUUAUGAUACUAUGGGUUGGUUAGUGCAACAGCUCAUUAAUGGCUCUGUUGAUUAUUCUACAUGCGGAAUUCAGAAAAGUGUUAUAGAAAAUAGUAAAAAGGAUCUCGGACGAGCAGUGGGUGGAAGAAAAGCCGUAAAUCCUUGGCCCUGGAUGGCAUCACUAAAUUUAGUGGAUGCAGAUUCUAGGAAAUCUGAGCAUCAUUGCGGCGGUUCUCUAAUAGACAAAUUAUGGGUCCUGUCAGCAGCUCAUUGCUUCUACGAUCGACAAAAAAAUCUAAUACCAAAAGAAAACAUAAUAAUUAAGUUAGGUUUGCUUAAUGUCAAUAAUCGUUCUAAUCUACAAGAAACAAGAAUAGAAAAUUAUAUUAUUCAUCCUGAUUACAAUAAAAAGACUCNAUUUAAUUUUCCAGGUUUGCUUAAUGUCAAUAAUCGUUCUAAUCUACAAGAAACAAGAAUAGAAAAUUAUAUUAUUCAUCCUGAUUACAAUAAAAAGACUCAUCACUACGAUAUCGCAUUGAUUCAAUUAAGCAGAGAAGCAGAAUUUAAUAUGUAUGUACGACCAAUCUGUUUACCACCAAUGGAUUCAAAAUUACCCGAAAAUUCAAAAUUUUAUCGAGAAGGUGAGAGAGCAGUUGCUAUUGGUUGGGGUUAUGACAAACCUACACGUGCGACCGUAGAUUUAAGGCCUGUUAAACAUUUAAAACGAGUGGAAUUGCCAAUACAAAACGAUAUUACUUGCAAGAAUAGUUUAAAUGGCAAAUAUGAAUUCACGGAAACCAUGUUUUGUGCAGGAGCAGGAAAAGGAAAAAAUGACACAUGUAAAGGUGACAGUGGUGGGCCUUUAAUGCAGCCAAUGAAAAAUGAUUUAGGUCAAAAAUAUUGGACUCAAGUAGGUAUUAUUAGCUGGGGUGUAGGAUGUGCUCAAAAAGGAAUGUACGGCUUCUACACUCACGUAGCAAGAUUAAGAGAGUGGAUAGAUUCAACAAUACAAUAAUAGAUUAUAGUCUACUAUUGUUUAAAAAUUUAUAAAUUUUGUUUGUAAAUGAAAGAACGUUUUUAUUAAGACAAAAACAUAAUUACUAAAACUACAUUUUUAGUUUAUUAUUGAAUGUGCUUUAUGAACGCAAUUUCUUCAAUUCUAACGAAUAUUGCGUACAGUAGACACACCUAUAAUACUGUUGAUAAUUCCGUGUUGUACGAGUCACUUAGAUUUUACAAAUACGUGUGCCGGGCUGUGAACGGCUCAAGUAUUUGUAAAAUCUAAGUGACUCGUACAACAUGGAAUUCAUAUAAAACGGAAUUAUCAACAGUGCUUAUAGGGGUGUUUACUGUAUUUUAGUUCGUAUCAAGCAAGACACAAUAAUUAUUGAGAAUUUUGUGUAUUGAGUGUUUCUACUUGUUUGCAGUUUAUAAUUUUUAUCAUUUGUAUUAUUUCUGGAAUUAUCAAAUAAAUAACGUAUUUCAUUUCACGUUAUUUAACAAUAUUAAUGAUACUUAAGAGUAUUAUUGCUUAGAAUCACGAAAACAGCAUCCUGUUCCAAUUUUUCAAGUGUUUUUUUUAAUAUGAAACAUUUAAAAAAUAUUUUAAUAAUUAAUGAAUUAGUGACGGAUGGGGUCCGAAAUAUCCGGAACGGGUCACCUCCGAAAAAUUUUUGGGGUUUUUCCACCCGUUCAGAUACAUUUCCGGAUUCCCCAUAGCAGUAACCUCUCGGACAUCCGGCUGCUCGACAUUUCACAUUUACGAAAGUGUAAUUUUAUGUAAUGUGAACAUGUUUCAAAAUGCAUAUAUUUAAUCUAAUAUAUAUUUAUAAAAUAUUGUGUACAGAUUUUUAACAAUUGCAAGAGAAAUAAUA